AUGGCAUGGUCUAUAGAGCAGGUUGAUGUGGAGAGGCUGUGUGGAGGAACCUUCAUAGACCUGAGGAAAGCCUUCUUCCUACUGAGAGGGCCUGAGGCACCCCUUAUAGCCAGAAGCUCUGUCCCUUUGGCUGACGUGGCCUGCACGCAGCCGGGGUCUCAGCAGCCCUCUUCUCAGAUGUUUCCGGUGGUGAUCGUACAAGUGUCUGAUGGGCAAAGGUGUUUCCUGGGGAGGCAAUCCUUCUUCCCACUGUGGAUGUACACUGCACUGGCAGGCAUCUGUGACACGGGUGAGCCCAUGGAGGAGACACUCCGCAAGGAGAUAGCUGAGGAUGUGGGGUUGGAGUCUAUCCCGUACUCAGGCUCUCAGCACUGGCCCUUCCCACAGAGCUCCUUCAUGAUGGCCUGUCACGCCGCCGUCAACCCAGAAAAGACACAGGUAAGUCAGUGGCUGCCUCUCUACGCUGACCUUCUCUGUGUUGAAUACAUUCGGUGGUUCAGCCUUCAUGAAGUCCAAGAGGCUCUGAAGAUCAAGGCACCACCUUGGAACAACAAAAGAGAUCCCACUGUGUUCUGGGUUCCACCAAGCUACGCCAUAGCUAACAGGCUGAUCCAGGAAUGGACCGAUCAACAACCUCUCAAAUCAGAGCAAGAUGGGUGGACGGCGGACAGCAUCAAAUCUGCAAAUGUAACAUACAGAUGA